AUGUCGCCUUCCCUGGGGACCCUCGGAAACGCCUCCCCCACCCCCAGCAGCCUGCGACCCCUCCUCUUGCUGGGGGCGCCCCUUCCAAUCCCUUGUGAUCGGAAAAAGGGAGACGCGGUGGCUGGGGAGGCGACCGUCCCCGCGCCUGCCCCUGAGCCGUGGGCUCAGCCAAGCUCGUCCCUGCAGCAGCCGGUGUCGCCCCUGCCAAAGCCCCCGGCCUGGGCGCCGCCAUCAAGGCUGCCUGCUCCCGAGGAGGAAAGGGACAGGCCCGAGGUCCCCGGGAGCCCAGAGGCUGCAGAGAAGGACCAGGGGGAGCCCGGGGAGGCCACCGGGGAGUACCACGAGCCCCUCGCCGACCGAGGGCCCAAGGAGAGGCCACGGAAGGAGAGGCCACGGGAGGAGAGGCCACGGGAGAAGCCACAGGAGAAGCCACGGAAGGAGAGGCCGCGGAAGGAGAGGCCACGGCAGAGGCCGCGGGCUGCCGGGGAGGCACGCGAAGGCGGCCGUCGGCCCAAAGACCCCGCGCACGGGAAGGAGCAGGCCUGGGUCUCCCCGCGGCGCCCCGAUCAGCAGGACCGGCCUCUGGGCCGCCAGAAGCACCGCACAGGCAAGGGGCGGGACUGAGGCGGGCCUGGGUUCGGCGCACGGAUGCGGGGACCCCUUCCCCACUCUCCACAGUGGCCCCGCGGCUCCAGGAGAAUAAAGCGAGUGCUGCGGC